AGGUUUGACUCCAGAGCAGGCAGAUUCCCAAUUCAUAGAAAAUGCCAAGCGGCUAUCCAUGUAUGGAGUGGAUUUACAUCAUGCUAAGGAUUCUGAAGGUGUAGAUAUCAUGUUGGGGGUUUGUGCCAAUGGGCUACUCAUUUACAAAGACAGACUUCGAAUAAAUCGUUUUGCAUGGCCCAAAAUUUUGAAGAUUUCUUAUAAACGCAGUAAUUUCUAUAUUAAAAUCCGACCAACUGAACUGGAACAGUUUGAGAGUACUAUUGGCUUCAAGCUGCCAAAUCAUAGAGCUGCAAAAAGAUUAUGGAAGGUUUGUGUGGAGCAUCAUACUUUUUAUAGGCUUGUAUCACCAGAACAGCCUCCAAAAGCCAAAUUUCUGACACUGGGCUCCAAGUUCCGUUACAGUGGACGUACUCAAGCACAAACACGCCAGGCUAGCAAUCUUAUAGAUAGACCUGCCCCAUACUUUGAACGGACGUCAAGCAAACGAAUUUCCAGGAGUCUUGAUGGUGCUCCAGUAGGCAUUGUAGACCAGAGUCUGCUAAAGGACUUUCCUGUUGCUGCUGGUGAGAGGACCUUUGAACUAGCUGGACAGUACAAGUUAAAAGAUGAGGAAGGCAGAGAUGUGGAUGGAGGAAUUACUAAGAUGUCACAAUUAGAAGAUGGAAAGAUUUAUUCCUUGAGAGUAAAUGGGGAAAAUCUUUAUGUCAGACAUAGCAAUUUAAUGUUGGAGGAACUGGAUAAGACUCAGGAUGAAUUACUGAAGCAUCAGGCUAGCAUUAGUGAACUCAAGCGCAAUUUUAUGGAAUCCACUCCUGAGCCACGCCCCAAUGAAUGGGAAAAACGGCGUAUCACACCUCUAACUCUACAGGCACAAGGGAAAUUUACUUUCCAAACGGAAGACCCUUCUAUUGGAACCAGCAGGACUAUUCAGAGUUCACAUGAGACUCUGGACAUAGUGGAGAAGAAACAGGCAGAGGUUGGGAUAGCAGAGGCAGUAGUCACAGACGAUACCAACAGGGGGAAAAUGCCAUUUGUCUGUGGUAGUGGGGAAAGUCAGAAGAUGGAACACCUAGCAAAAAAAGACUCUUCAUCACUGUCAUCCAAUAGCAGCAGUAGUGAGAAUGAAGAUGAAGUAGGAGAGUAUCAGCCACACCAGCAGAUUAUAGAAGAUACUAUAAAAGAAGAAUUGGAAGAAAAUGAAACUACCAAAGAGGAAGAAGAGAGCUCAGCAGCAGAAGUUUGUGUUAAAUUUUCAGAAGAAGUCAGUCCAAUUCAAAUAGCAAUUGAGCACAAGCAGUCGACUGAAGCUCUGGUCCAGACAAAUGAAGCUUCCACAAAGACAUCAGAAAAGUCAGAGUUAAGAAAAUUGGAUGAUGAAGGCCUAAAAGAAGAAAAGGAAGAAGAUCUACCCAAACUAAAUGGAGAAGCAUCACAUAUUGACAUUGAUGUUUCACCACAAUUAAUUUGUUGCUCAGAGCCUCCACUUAUUAAAACUGAGAUGGUGACGAUUUCAGAUGCUUCACAAAGAACUGAAAUAUCCACCAAAGAAGUCCCAAUUGUUCAGACAGAGACUAAAACGAUCACCUAUGAAUCUCCUCAGUUUGAUGAUGGUGGUGACGCUGGUAUGUUGUUGAGUGCGCAGACAAUCACAUCGGAAUCUGUCUCUACUACCACAACCACACAUAUUACUAAGAUGGUAAAAGGUGGUGUGUCAGAAACCAGAAUUGAAAAGCGGAUUGUUAUCACGGGAGAUACAGAUCUUGAUCAUGAUGAGGCAUUGGCGCAAGCCAUUAAAGAAGCCAAAGAACAGCACCCUGACAUGUCCGUAACAAGAGUAGUGGUGCAUAAGGAAAGUGAACUUGAAGAAGAAGGCCAUUAAGAUUUAUGAAGAAUGCUUUGAGACUAUGAAGAACUUAAAUAAUUCCAAGUUGAUAUCCCAGCCAGUCUUUCACUGAAUAUACCAAGCCUCACCACAGGGACCAAACUUCUCCAAACCGAAUUACCAACUUUACAGUUUCUCAUGUAUGUCUUUUUUUUUUUAUAACCGAUGUUUAACUUCUUGGAUUAUUUUUUUUAAUGAGCCUUAGAGAAUUUUUUUUUGUUCAAUUCCCUGCUAUUUUUGUAUAACUGAUUUCUUGAUUGCAUGAAAGUAAGCAAAUAUAUUUAGAAAGCACUGUUUACUUGAGCAGUUUUAUUAUGCAGGGGGAAAAAAAAACCUGACUAAUUUAGAUAUAUGCUUUUCAAAAUAUCUCAAAGACUUACUGGAAAAAUUUUUACUUUUUCAGAUAAAUAUCAAAUGAUACAAUAAAAAUAUUCUUUUUAUUAAAAAAAAUACAAAAUGUUCUUAUAGUUUGGCAGGGAAAGUAAACUGAAAACUUGUAUGAUUUUAUAUAGAUUCCUAUAUAAAAUUUUUCUGUUUAUUCUGAUGAUCUAUUUUGUGAGGGAACUGGUGCUGGUAUCAUAUAGAAGUGAUUUUUUUUAGUUAUAAAAAAUAUUUCUACUGACCAACCACUGUUCAAGUAGCCUUUUGUUUGCACUUCACUGUCCUCAGCUAGUCUCUUCAAAGAGACCUACUAUGGUCUGCAACAUUCCAGAGUUGGAAGGACUUUGCUCUGUCCUUCCAGCAAAUUUAGGCAGCUUAAAACCUAAUGCUUUUCUCUUAAUACGCUAAAUGUCAGAUACUUCCAUUAUAUAAAUGCAUCUGCUGAAAGCUUGCUUUGCCUAAAAACAGGGCUGGCAGUGCUUCUGAUUCAAAUGCAGAAAGUGUUUCAGAGCACACACGGAAAGCAGCAUGCAGAAUUUCUCGGCAACUCGUUAAACAAAGCAGAAGUUUUCCAUAGGUUUGUCUGUGCGAUCCCAGGAAUAGACAUAUCUCACUUAAGCAGUUGCAGUCCAGUACCACAGAUGGUCUCCCUUGGACUCUUUGAAGUGCCUUUUUGUCUUUGAAUCUUAAGUGCUGCCCAGCCCUAAUAAAAACUCAUUAACUCCUGUUAUAUAACUGACAUUUGUUGAGCAGUUGUUGUUGUUUAAGUAGCUUGCCUAAUAAUAGGAACAGGUUUUGAGGACCAGAAGGAACCAAGGCUAUGGCCUCAGCCCAUUAUCAAUGGUGCCUGCUACUGAGGAGGUCUCUAUGAAAACCUGUUAACUUUCUCCAUUGUUCGCCAUUGUUCGCCAUAUGAACUGUAUAGUUAAGAUGCCAUAUUAAAUUUAUAGCAGCUUGAAGUUGUAUUAAGUGAUAUUUUGCUUCAUAAUACUGUUAUAAAAUAAAGUUU